AACCUGAAGGAAAAGGGAAAGAAGGUUUUUCCUCUCUACAUAGGCCUAGAGGAAGAUCAGGUCACAUGUGACUGAUUAUGUGGAAAAGUGAAUUUUUAUCUUCCUUUCCACCUCUGUAGGGAAGUACUUGAAUGGUUACAUGUGUUGAAUAAGUGCAUAACAUUUGAUUCAUUUCACUGGGGAAACAGAAGUACAGGAUGCUAAGCUUGUAUUUCCAAAAAGAUGAGCUUCAGUCUUUGCACAGGCUCUGCCUUUGGAGGCAAAAGCCUUUCCUCAGACCAGAGCUGUGGAUCUCAUCAAGUGGCUGAAACAAGGUAGUGUUUCAGCUACAGUGCUUGAAUUAGAAUCCUCCAGAUAUUUUCCCAUUGCAAAUGGUGUGUUUAUGUCUGUCCUAGAAACAGAGCAGGGAAGGGAUUGCAGCAUUUGCCAGCAAGGCUCAAGGCAUGACACACAUCUGUCUUUUUGGCUCUGGUGUGAUAAAAGUGAGUUUGUGUAGUUCUUUACAAUGCUGAAGUGAGCAUGAAGUCAGAGAUUCACCCCGGUAGCUGGAAGUGCCGGAGCCCUCUCCUUUUAAUCUAACAGCUUGAUGUCAACGAGCAUGCCAACACAGAAAUAGCUUGGUUUCUAACCUCAUGUAAUUCUAUGCACAUCUUCUGUUACCAAGUCUCCCAUAACAGAUCCUCAGAUAACUUUUUUAUAGUUUUCUUCCUGAACCAAAACUUCUACCAAAUCAAUGCAAGGCAACUCAAGAGGAGUUAUUACUGGUGCCUUGUAAUCAGGGACCAAAGGCAUGUAUGGGAGUAUUGAGGAUUGUUUCUGUAACUUUAAUGAUGAAAUAAAAAUCCUCUGGAUAUUUUUUGCAUUUUGAAUUUUGAUAUUGACUGUUUCAAACACUCUGAGUGCCUCCUUAAUGUGGUAAAUAAGCUAUUGCAGAGCAUUCCAGCAGUGUCAGACUCUCAGGACAGUUAGGGGGUUCACAGGGAAGCAGGCACAGGUAUUAAGCAGGCCCUGUUACAGAGAAGGUUCAGUGGGAGUCUUCCUAAUGGAUUCCUUAGGCCUGUGUGCCUGUGCCCAGCUAUUUAGGCCAACAUGGUGAUAAGGUUCCAUAGUAUUGUCCUUUCCUUGAGCUUCUUGCAGCACUCUUCCUGGAAUUGGGUUCCCUGUCUUUAUUUCACAAUCACAGGUUACCACAGUGCUGCCAAGACAGUAGCUUAGACAUUAUUUUAGUCUGGGACUGUUUUGGAGGGGGUUAUAAUUAACUCUGCAGUAACCAGCAGAUAGAAGCACACAGACAUAAAGAAGGCUGAACAUGAAGCUCUAUUUUUAUCUAAUAUACCCUUACACAUAGGAAUAAAAUACUUGAAUAUAUUGUUGCACUUCAUGUUAAUCUUCAUCUUAUCUCAAGAAUUCAAGAAAUCUGUUCUUUCUUGUAGGGUAUCAGAGUCUCUGUGAUGUAAUUUUCUUGUUUAUAAGGCCCUAAAUCAUUGGUUAUUUUAUAACCUAAGCCCAUCCUAUGAAAUUAUACUCCCCCUUAUCAGCCUCAUCAGGUGAUUAAAAUUGACCAGUUAGGAAGCUAAUUGUUUAAUUAUCUUUACCCCUUGUCAGAAUUCAGAUUAUUUGGAUCAUGGGCACCUCCCAAGAGUGAUUCAGUUCUAGUUGUGUACUUGAAUUUUCACAGGUUUUACUGCUAAGUGCUCUUAAUGACACACAGCUGAAUAAGACAGAAGCUGUCUAUGGACUAAUAGCUGAGUAAAAGAGGGAACAAGAUGGUAAAAAGAACCAGUUUUUACAGGCAGUAGUAUAGUCCUAGAGGAAUCUGUCACAGAGCUUACAUUGAUAGCUGGUAAAGAAAUUUGUCUAUGUAACAAUGAUUUUAGGGUAGUUAAAACUGAUGAAAUAUUGCAAAAGAAUCUCAUAGUACUGAGUGAGGUGGUGGAGCACAAGUUUUUAUUCUGUGUUAAAGAUGCAGAGUAACACUGACAGAAAACACAGCUUUCCAAUCCCACCUACUACACAACUCCAGCCACACUUACUACUGAGCUGGCCUUACCUUAAUUAGUGAUUACUAAAUAUUCUCCAAAAGCAUAAACUUACUGCCUGAUCACAGUGGAAAAGGCAAUGAAUUUUUAGAAAUCCUUCAGAAGAUAGCAGAAAACAGAAUAUUGUACUGUUACCAUAACACUGUUAUAUAAUUGAUGCUACCCCAUCUUGAGAAUGGCACAGUUCUGUCCACCCCAUCUCAAAUCUAGGAUGUAGAACUAGCAAAAACACAUGUUCAGAGUGUACAGUGCAAUGAGGAGUGCAGAAGAGCUUGAAUUUGAAUCUUCCGUUUGAAAACAAAACAAGUAAAGACAAUUUGAAAGUUCUUUAAUAAAAACAGUAAUGGUAAAGGGAAAGCUGUCUUUCUUUAAUGCAAACACUAGUAAAUGCCACAUUAAAUUGAAUUUAAAGUAAGCUACACAAAGUGUUUCUCUUUCACAUAAAGCAUAAUUAAAUUAGCCAGCUCAUUGCUACAGGGCAUGGUAAAUGCCAAACUACAAUAUGUUUCAUGAAGAAAAUCAAAUAACUUAAUGGUAUAGAAGUACCUGAAAGGGGAUUAAAUCUGAAGGUUUCAUUAUGGUCUCCAUGUUGCCAGAAGCUAACAAGGGUAUAAAAGGAGGAGUAAAAGUCAGCCUGUAUCUUAUUUUUUCAUGAUGUUUUCCUAAACUGUACUUAUUAUUGGCCUCUGCCGAGUUAGAGCUUAAGCUGCAAUUGAUGAGGGAAGAUGGGUGAAAUUAAAUUCCUGUUACAGCAAAUGAACACAUGUACCCAUUCAUUUCUCCACCCUUAGCUCUAGGUCCUUAUCCUUCACAAUAUUAUUUUCCUCUUGUAACUACUGGGAAUAAUGGUUAUUCCUGUGUUAGUCAACUUGAUCCUCAGACUGUUUCCAUGCUUGAUGCUUCUGGAAGUCCAGAGGAAGUUCCUUGUGCAUGACCUGGGGAAUAGGAAGUAUGAGAACAGACUGUUCCCACACAGCUUGUUUUGUCAUGCCAGUCCAUUUCUUAGCUGUCCAAGAGCAAGACAGUAUUUCAUUUGGAAAAAACCCCCAUCUGAUUACAUGGAUUUGAUUUUAAACUGUUAGUUGAAGAAUGUUAGCAGUGUACUUUUAAAGAGCAUAGAGUACUGUGUGGGAGGGAUGUUUACCUGUUAGGAGGGGUUUGCAGCCUACUUCAAAUUCCUUGUUAUGCACAGUUUAAAAUGACUUUGGCUGUAACUACAGAAGUUGUAGCUCCAGCUGGAUUGCAAUGUAGACAUACAAUAUAGUUUUGUUGCCUUCAAACUCAAGAAGUGCUGCCAUGUACAGCAUGGUAUGAUGCAAGUUUUCAAAUCUCAAAUCAGAUUUCUUAAGGCAAAAUUACGUGUGAUACAGGAAGACCUGGCAAAUAUAGUGUUUGAAUGCAGGAAAAAGGAUGAUGAAAAUCGGAAUUUGGGAACUCGGCUUAAAGAUACUGAGGAAGAAAACUCAAGACUGCAACGAACAAUCAGCCUGCAGCAGUCUCAGAUUGAGAAGUACAAAAUGUUGUCACAAGAAGCAAACAAAAAAGCUGAAGGGUUACAACAAGAGGUCACUGCACUAGAAAAGGAAUUGGAGAGUCUGAAGCGUGCCCAGAAGCAGGCUGCAGCCACUCAGAGUGCAACAGAGGUUCGCUUAAACAGGGCCUUGGAGGAAGUGGAGAAGCACAAAGGGGAGCUGAAUAAACUGAAGCAAAGCAACAAGGAUGUAGCUAACCAAGAACUCAAAACGAUCGAAGAGUUAAAAACAGAAAACAAGAAACUGCAGAAACAAAAAGGAGAGCUAAUUACAGGUUUUAAAAAGCAGUUAAAGUUAAUUGAUAUUUUGAAGAGACAAAAGAUGCACAUUGAAGCUGCCAAGAUGCUCUCUUUUACCGAAGAGGAAUUCAUGAAAGCUCUUGAGUGGGGAAAUUAUUGAUCCCAUUAAAUAACUUUUGUUUGAAAGAUGAGUCAGAUGGUACAUUAUUUUGAGACUGUAUAUGAGUCCUUGUUAAUAGUUAAUAACUGUAUAUCCCACUGAAUUGAUUUUGUUGAUUUUGCUUCUGUUUAAAUAGUUAAACUUCUGUAAGCCUGAUAGCUUGUGUUGUAAUGUCAUAUGAAACACAAAUUUCUACUUCAUUGUCAGGCCAAACUGCCCAUUCUGUAAGGAGCAGAGAAGCACAAACCAUGCAAGGGAGAUUCCAACAAGUGAAUUUUCUUACCAGUUUGCCCUCUUCUAGCAUUUAAAACUGUACCUUACCUAUGGUCAUAUUCAGUUCA